AUGUCCAAACCCGCGCAGUCGGGGCGUUCGCAUCCGCCCCGUUUGCAGCAUUCGCCUUCUUUACCCAACAUCUGGUUCCCUCCACACUCUGGCCCGAUUCCGCCACACCUAGCAGAUGCUGUGACAAACCUUAAGCGUCCAUCGACUCCUCCCUCCACCAAGCAAGAGCCAUCAUCAGCUCCAGACGUGCCGACAAAGGACAACUCGACAACAAAAUCCAUGUCUCAUCUUCGCGUCAAUUACGAUCAAUCUAAUGUGCUGCUUACUCCGCCACUCACUCCAUCGUCCAGUCUCCGGACGGUUGCCAGUAUUGAGUCGGUCGUUAGUGGCGCUAGCUCUGUCGGCGAAAGUGUACUGAGCGAUUUUGACACUGUUUCGACUCGUUAUCUCAUGAUUUCGAAUGUGCGCAAAACGAUCGAUUCGCAGGCGCUGAAGCUUGCAGUACUCCAAGCCUUGGACUCCAACGACGGCUCUCCUCAGGACAAAAUCAAGGGCAUAUCGAUGCAUCUUCAUUCUAACGAAGGAAUCGUGAUUUUCGUUUUCUUCGAUGUUCGUCAAGCAAGCUCAGCCAACGUCAUUUUGUCCACCCCGACGACGGGCGGCCUUGCUCAUUGCAUUGACGAGGAGAAAGAUUGGUUUGAAUGCAGGUUCAUCACCGCAGAAAAAGUCCUCAAGCUGGUCGGCGGCGCUUCCUUUGUUAUGGAGCCUCCGCCGUACUUUGGCUUGGCUGUUGAGGCUGAAGGAGGCAAACAGAACAUCGACAUGAAUCCGGAAACACUAAUCGGCUUGCUCAAGGCGCAGGGUGACUUAAGGUCGUUGACCCGUGUCGAAGAGACCGACAAGACACCCGAUCGACAGCUGUUUCGCGUCGAAUUUUUCGAUGUCAGAGCGAAUGAGAAUGCUAUACAGUCGUUGGACGGCCAAACUUACUUUGGCUUGCAUCUAACGGUAAUAAUGCCAAACGUAUCGACUCCAACCACUGUUGCUCAGCCUAGCAACGCCAUCGGUCCUGCUGGAGACAAGUCGCAAGUUCGCAAGCGAUUUUUAGUGAUCGAUACCACGGGAAAACCACGACCGAAAAGCAUCAGUGUUGACAACGAAGGCAUAAACGCCGUUCGGUCCACUGAUUCUCCUCCACUCUUUUAUACGUCGACAUCGACGUCGCCCAUUACCAACUUUGCGCCUGCUCUUCCUGCCCAGCCGCAAGACGCUCAUAUUCAGCAUGCUCCAGAUCACUUAUUCUUUAAUCGUGGUGAACGACCACUUAAUUCUAGCUCGAUGCCACCGGCAGCUCAGAGGUCACGCAGCACGAGCCAAUCGAGAGCCAGUCAUAAUCAAGAACCACAGACUCCCGCCAUGGAGAUGUCCCCCGUCCAGCACUAUUACAAUGGCUGCCCUACGCCUCCAAUGUCGGCUUAUCCUUACCAUUACCCCGCACCUCACCACCAGUAUGUGCCAUCCCCAACAACUUAUGGAUCAGAGUUCGACUCAGCGCAUGCGAUGCACAUGAAUGGCUGGUCCUUCGACCAAGCUAUGAUGAUGUCUCCUCCGUUCCACAUGUAUGGCGGAAUGGUAUAUCCGGCCGAGCAAUGGGUUGGGCCGCCAACCCAUGGCCACCCUCCUCUCGGUUAUGUCGCAUUUCCGCCUCCAAUCUCUCCUGAGAGUCCUGCAGUCGUCACAUCCCCCAUUUCUGGACAUCCUUUGACGCCUCAAAUUGCUCCUUCGCCUCAGUCGGCCGUCAGUAGUGUUGCUUCGCCAGGAACAGCAACCAAUGCUGUGAAUAACGACAGAAACCAGUUGAAUAUCUCGCGCAUCGAAGACGGGCAGGACACUCGUACGACAGUGAUGAUCAAGAACAUACCGAACAAGAUGAACGACAAGGACCUUUUGGCGUUUAUUGGGGGUGUUUGUAGUCGUAGAGUUGACUUCCUCUACUUGAGGAUGGACUUCCAGAACGGCUGCAACGUCGGAUAUGCAUUCGUCAACUUCAUCACCGUGGAAGACUUACUGCGCUUUGCUAAAGCAAAACUCGGAGAGAAAUGGAAUAUGUUUUCGAGCGAGAAAAUCUUGCAGAUGAGCUAUGCCAACUACCAGGGUAAAGAGGCGUUGGUGGAAAAGUUCAAGAAUUCCUGCAUAAUGGACGAAAGACUCGCCUGGCAGCCCAAGAUUUUCUAUUCAGAUGGACCUGAAAUGGGGCUACCCCAGCCGUUCCCUCCUCCCACUCACUUACGCCGUAAAGAACGCAGCACUUUUAAUCGGGGCCCACUUUACGUUCCCGGAAUGAUGGCCAAUACGGCGCCACCGUCCGUCGCUCCGCCUCUCCGUCGUUCCAAUUCAGGUGCCACCAAACCGCCACCCAGAAAAUAA